AUGUCAGGUGAAGUUCGAUGUCGAAUAUGCAAUGGAGUCUGUCCGCCCGCUAGGAGAUAUGUACUUUACAAUGCAGAAAAUGAUUAUACAUCAACAGCGAUGCUGUUUUUCAAGGCAUAUGGUUUGUCUAUUAGACGAGACAAGCCUGGAUUGUCUCGCCAUUGUUGUCGAAAUUGCCGAAAUAAUGCGAAUAGGGCCGUCGAGAAAAUUAAAAGUUAUAAGGAAAAUAUUAGUCCUCGAGGGAAAAGAAAAACAAUACCAUCCUCGCCAAAUUCGAUUAGAUCUCCACCAUCGAAAACAUCGAGACCUAACGAAAGAAAUUGUAGAUUUUCAGCCAGAUCAUUGCAGUUUUCCAACGACAAAGCACAGGUACGACGACAUUAUUUAAAUUUUAUUAUAAAAAGACCAGUCUUUUGCCGAAGAAAUAUGCAACUAUGUAUAUACUAACUGAAAUCGGUGUUUACUAAAUAUUGCUGGUAUGAUAUCCCAAUAUUGUCCGAGUGAGACUGUUUAAAAAUACUUUAUUUGUUAUAGCUAGAAAGUUAAACUUGUCAAAUUACACGUACGAUAAUUGCAAUUUUGCAUCGCUGUAACAAAUAAGAGUUAUUGUGACAAAUAUUGUAUUGUGACAAAAGAUAGGGUAAUUAAAUAAAUUUCUAUUUGAUACGCAAAAAUAGACAAGCUUUCUUUUACUGCAAACACUUUAAUUUUAUAUAAAUAUAAUGUGGUCGUCAUAAAGUGCUUUACUCCUGGUCUUGCAGCCUUGGGUGUGUUAAUUAUUGUAAUGUUUGCACUAAUAUUUUAACACAAAAUUAGGACGAAUAAUCCAUAAACUUAUUACAGACAAUUCACGCCAUUAAACCAAAAAUAUGAAGAAGUAGUAUACAUUGUAGAGGAGAUAACCGAACGUAUUUACUGUGUAGUUUCAUCAUCUUGUGUUUCUUUAUAUGACUUCGAGGGUGUAAUUAUCUAAAUGUUUGUUAUCAUGUUCAUUUAGCCAUCCCAUUCUAAUGCAGCAAACACGACAUCAAGUGUGAGCACGACGACAUAUCUUUCCUCACCCUGUCAAACAUUUACUACAGUUUCACUUCCAAUUUCUACACACUCAUUACCAUUCAUUCCACCUUUCACCGAAAGUGAAAACAACACCGACGAUGUUAUUUACCAGCUAACAUGCCAUUCAGCGAGAGGGCAACAAUCUGUUCUUGUUAACAAAAAGUGGAACAGUCUUUGCCAUUCUCUCAUGAAAAAUGAUGAUACCAAUGUUGUCCAUACAGUUGUUAAUACAGAUUGCGGGAAGAAGUUAUGUGUGGAGAAGACUGUAAAUUUAGUGAAGGAAGAAUGCGCAGCUAUGUGCUCUGCGGGAACGGACAAUACAACUUUGUUUCGUAAGAAAGAUGUUAACGACAUUUGCAAUUUUAGUUUCCUGAAGUUGAUGGACGAAGUAAAUGAGAAAACAAAUACGUUGUAUCAAAUUGUACUGGCUAUUAUUAAUCUAAAAAGUGCGGAAAGGAAUACAAAUAAAUCCAGAGAAAGGAAGCUGAUUGCUGCAGGCAUGGCUAUUUCUUUGCUGAUGAAGGCAAGAAACAAGAACAUGAGUGCUGCCCAAUACGUGGUUUCUUUGCUACUUCUCAAGGGAGGCAUGACAAAAAUGGUAAAUAUUACGUGAUACACAUUGACAUUUUGUUUUCCCUAAUCAUUUAUACAGUCCAACAUCCUUUAACAUUACGUGCUAUUUUUGUCAAAACAGCUUGCUUUUUCGAAUUUUCUUGAACAUAAAAUCAUAGGAUUUAUCUAUUUUGAAUAUCAGUGCUCCAAGAUACGUAUGAAAACAUUUUUUUUAAAAAUUGUUGUUUAAACAAAAUAAAAAAUAACAGCGCAGUAAUUCCCGCCAAAAAUUAUCUGUAAGUGAACUUACCGGGUGAACUACAUGCACAAAACACAUGCAAAUGGGGUUUUUUCUUGGAAUUUUGUCGAGUUCAAGAAAGAUCGUUCUUGAAAUACUUAGUAAUCAACUAAAAUUCUAUUUAAUCUGAUUCCGUUUCAAGAACAUUUAGGCUGUACGAAAUAAAAUUGAGCGAACUUAAAACUUGGCAAAAAUUAGAAAUAUAAUCCUACAACUUAUGCUUGGGAUUGUUUUGACUAACAGGGGUAUAACAGACUGAAUCACCUGAAGCUAUGUAUGUCUUAUGAUACCACACAAACAUUUGUGGCAAAGCUUGGUGAAAACCAUGACAGUAUGGUAAGACAGUGGUUUGAAACAAAUCCAGGUCAAGUGAAGUUUUUGGGUGACAACAUUGAUAUGAGAAUAACUGUAAGUAUAAGAAUAUAAAAAAUACCUGUUUUUCCAAUUACAGAUCAACCAUCACAGUACCACGCUUCUAAAAACCUUUGAAAUGUCAAAAACCCUGAAUGUUCAUCAUGCUGAGCUUGCCUAGUGUGCCACGCCCCAUGUGGUAGGUUACAUUUACUUAAAUAAAAUAUUUUUUCUUUUUUUAAUAUAGCCUAGAGAUCAAAGGGGUACAAACCAAAAUAAGGAUUGUCAUUGGUUUUUAACAUUGGCAGUGAAAGACAGAAUUCCAUAUGAUGAAUUACCUGAUGAUAAGCCCAUCUGCAAAUUGGCAAAAUUACCUCUUACAUCCUUCUUGCUAUCAGCUGAUGACAUCAGCAAUUUUAGAAGUAAUUUUGCUAUCCUGUUAUUGCACAAUGUAAUUGGUAAAUUGAAUUUCCUGAAACCAUUUCAGAAAUAUGUCCCAAAGCACAUUAGACACACAUACAGUGAGCAAAUGAGCAAGAAAAGCAAAUGUUUGCAAAUGAAGGUGUUUGCAAAUGAAGCAUGUAGUGAAGGUAUGGUAGAUAUUCUCGAGUUUAUGCAUCAAUAUAUCCACAAAGGAAAGGCAAAAGAACAAGUAGUCUUUGGAGGGGAUCAGCUAACUUGCGAGCGUGCGGUCGGU